CAAAGCCAAAGAAGAUGUUCGUAAGUGAAGUCAUUGGAGCUGCUCUGCUGUUCAAUUUUCCUUGGACAAACUUGGAUCAGGUUAGGUGGUUCAUUCUUUGGCCACUCCAGGUUUUCUGUACCAUAAACAAGGUCAUUUACAGUCUUGUCCUGUGGUGAGUGGAAUACAUUAAUCACAUCCCCAUAUGUCGAAUAAAAUCAUCGCCAUGUAGUAACAUAAUUGUGACUUUUUUCUUGAAUUAUCAAUUGUCGAUGAAUUUUCGCAUUAUUAAUCUUCUGGUCACGGCUUGUACAUAUUCAAUCAAAUAGGGGAGGAGGAGAAUUAUGCUAUCUAUCGACAAUCGACAUCCGGUGCAUUCAUGACUUUGAUUCUGCGCUACUGAUUGGCACAGGAACCUCUCUUUUGGUAUGUAUGCUACACCUUUCUAUUGCAGUGCAACCUCCAAGUUUUGAGUUUUGACAGCGUUUAUUCGUCAAUGCUGCUCUUGUUGUGCUACUCGCCGUUUUGGAUCAUUUCCAAGUUCCAUGAUAGUGAUUUGCUAGUGGUACAUUGGUACUUGCACCACCAAUGUAUUAUGUAUAUUCUGUUCUUUUGUCCCCAUAUCCUUCUGUCUAAUCCUUGGAAAAGGAAAAGAGGAGAAGAAGCUUUGUUCUUUUUUUUUUUUUGCUUCUGUUAAUGGGCAUGUAUUUAGGGUUUUGUCGGGCAAACAGCACCUUCCACUACUGCGAGACUGCCAAAAGCAUCUUUUCACUAACUAUGUAGUGUCACUUUAAUCUUUUGUUACACGAAUGGCUAUAAGUGUUGUGCUUACUUUAUGAAGUGUUUAUUCUUUUGCCAUGUAAAAUAAAGGGAAUAUUUGUAACAUAGUUCAGUACAACCGGCAUUAUUUCGAUGGGAAAUACAAAUUGCAAAAUUCAAGUGCAAACAAGUUUGUCUCCUGCAACUUGAUGUCAGAAAGCACAUUUAGGAUAAACACCAUUUGCUCUUCAGCUUAUCAGAUGUAUCCAAAAUUUAAAUUUUAUAACUUAGUACAAUUUUACAGUUGAUUUUGAUUUAUUUCCAUCAUAGUUUUUUUUAGCAUAGGCUUUUAAGUUGUUAAUAACAUAUCUGUAAGGUUUUACCCGUGUUAUUUUUUUUCGCUAAUAAGAUGUGACUAAUGAAUCAUAAUUUGCUGUUCACUGAACUUGGAAAAGAACAUGCUAGAGCUUUUUAUCAAACUUGAUGUGACUGCCAACAGCAUGAUGAGUUGAUGACAUUGCUAAACAAGAAAACAGGCUGUAGAUUUAAUCUCUACGUUGCUGUUCGAGUGGAGCUUUAGCGGCCAAAACCAUAUUAGUCUGCCCUGGACACACCAAAAUUGAGCAAUGAUUAAAAGGAAACACACCUCGGCUUAGUGCAUAGCAUCAUACCUAAGCAACACUCUAAUCUCCAUAAUUUGUCUGAUUUUUUUUAUUUUGUUGUCUUAAAACACUCUUCAGCUCUCUUUUCUGAGAGUCGUGGAGGGCCCUAAGGGUCAGUUUGGAUUAAGGGAUUUGGAUCCGGAUAUAUUUACAAAAUCCAAAACUAGACCAUUUAUUUGAGAACAAAUGUCCAUUUAAGGUGGAUAUAUUAUUCACAAUUGCGUACUCCCUCAGUCCAAAAAAAAAAGACACCCUGGUUUCCGUGUCCAACGUUUGACCGUCCGUCUUAUUUGAAAAAAUUAUGAAAAAAUUAAAAAGAUAAGUCACGCAUAAAGUAUUAAUCAUGUUUUAUCAUCUAACAACAAUGAAAAUACUAAUUAUAAAAAAAUUUCAUAUAAGACGGACAGUCAAACGUUGGCACGGGAGCCCACGGUUUGCCUUUUUUUGGGACGGAGAGAGUAUGUUUUAUAGAGUCAUCCUAACCAUGUUCACGCCCUAUUGCACAAGCCCAUUGGGUAAAAGAAAUCAUUUGGUGGGGGCAAAGUCCUGAAAGUGCAAAGUGUGCAACUCUAACCACCAUUGUACAUCUUUGUAUUAAUGUAUUUGCAAAGCCCUAACAACAUUACUACAAUAAUGAAGAACAUAUAUAAACAUUCAACAAAAUUGAUAAUCUCAUUCUGACUCCUUCCUCUCUUUUUUUCCCAACUGAAUGGAUAAUUAGUUAUCUUCUCUUGCAAAGAUUGCAAGAGUCUUUACAGGAAUUAAUCAACUGCUAUAAAAUAACAAAAUGCUUGUUUUCAAGGAGCAUUUGCAAUAGAAGAACGUCCACAAUAGGUUCAAUCCGUAUCUCUUCUUUUCUUUUUUCUAUCAUUAAAGAAGAUCCACAGUAGGUUCUCUUCAUUCGAUGAGCAAAAUGCUUCGUGUGAUCGAGCUGCGGAAAACCCGGAUUGCAAGUGAAUAAUUUUUGCCUUACAAAUUGGAAUAAAUUUCUCUGAUUAAGAAGACAGAUAAGAAAAAGAAGACCUGAAUCAUUAUCUUUCUUUUUGAACUAAGGAAUCAUUAUCUUUCCGUAAGCAUACCAAUCAUGAACCAUCUUUGUAUCACAACUCCUGGGGUUGAAGCAGACAAGACCGUGUGAUCUGAUUAAACGCGAAAUUAUCUCUAGUUUAUAAGCUAGUUGGAGAAUCAUCAUAAGGCUGGCUAAUUAAACUGUAAUGCGCUUAUUGCAUGUCUUGGGGCUUGUCCAUUUCUCUUUUCUUUCUUUCUGAUGUUCUAGAUGAUAUUGGCUCAUAUCAUGGGCACUGCACUUUAUUCUAGUAUCUUGUUGCUACCAAUGAUUCAGAUUAUGCUUGCGCACGUAAGAGCAUCAUCACCCAAUUAUAUACAGUAGCCGUAUAUACUUAGUAUCUGUAAUUAAAGUAUUACACCAUGCAUUUGAUCCUGAGUGAAAAAGGCCCAGUAUAUGGAAUGCUUUCUUUCAUUUAUUCUGUUUUCUCAUCAAGAAUGAUCAUUCAGUAACUUGGGUUCAGUCUUUCAGAAUUCAAAGAAUAUUUUAACUGAAUUCUGUGAAUUCUGUGAAUUCUGAAAGAGUUCUAACUGAAAUCUUGAAGACAGACAGAAAUCCACGUUGGACUUGCUAUGCUAAUUGAGUUGCUAACCAAAAUGGUCACAACUACAUGUCUUGCUCAGCUAUUCCUGUGAUAAUUAUAAUAAAACAAGACCGCAUUUCUCAAACCAAAAGGCACAAGACACCAAGGUCUCCACAGAAGAGCACACUAGAAACAGUCCGUUCUUCCAAAGGCAAACUUUGAGCUCUUUUGUAGAGAUGCCAUGGAAAUGCAAAAAAAAAAAAAAAGUGACACUUGAUUAGAACCCACUAACUAUUGCAUGAUCCCAUAAGCACAAUUAAUAGCACUGCCUACCCCCUCUUGUCUUUCUCCUAGCUCCCAUAAAUUGGACAACCUGACAGUGUCCUCCCCCUGUACUUGUCUGAACUUUUGAUUUGAGUUACUUCUGAAAGUGAGCUUAUAAUUUGAUGCUAAUCUCCAUCCUACAUUCCUACCUCCAAACUCAGUCCUAAUCCUAUCAAAUCUACUCAUCUACCAUCAAUUUCUAAGUGUGUGCAAUGGAGCAAUGCCAUCAUCAUCAGCAGCAGAGCAAUGGCCAGCAGCUGCAGAGGCUGGAGGGCAUUGAGGAAGAAGGCGGCGCCGCCGAGAAGUGGCCGCCGCCGACGACUGUCCGGCCGCCGGAGACGCCGACGGAGACGAUGGAGUUCUUGGCGAGGUCGUGGAGCCUGUCGGCCGCCGAGAUCUCCAAGGCCCUCAGGGUCCUCAGCGGCAAGGGCGUCUCCGACGACGUCCACGACGCCGCCGCCGCCGUCGCCGGCGACAGGAAGGAGCGGAGGUCACCGGUGACCAUGGACGGCCGCCGCCAUGAACAGAGAGCGGACGCGUCGUCAAUGGCGGCGGCGGCGCAGGGCGGCGCGAUGAGCCCGCCCAUCUCUCCCCGUGCCAACCUGGACGUGAAGCUUCUCCGGGCGACGGCUACGGCGGCGGCGGCGGCGGGAGGGAGAGGCGGGGGCGGCAAGACGACGAUGGGCACGUGGAUCAAGGAGCAGAAGGAGCGGAAGCGCGCCGAGGCGAGGUCGCGCAACGCGCAGGCCUACGCGGCGACGUCCGUGGCCGGCGUCGCCGCCGCGGUGGCCGCGCUGGUCGCCGGCGCGGUGUUCUCCCCUCCUCCGGACCACCCCAAGAACGGCGGCGCCGCCGCACCAGCACCGGCACCCGCACACGCCGCCGGAGCGGCAGGCGCGAAGACGGCGGCGGCCAUCGCGUCCGCCGCCGCGCUGGUGGCGUCGCACUGCGUGGAGAUGGCGCAGGCGAUCGGCGCCAGCCACGACCAGAUCCUCGGCGCCAUCCAGUCCGCCGUGAACGCGCAGACCAGCGGCGACAUCAUGGCGCUCACCGCCGGCGCCGCCACGGCCCUGCGCGGGGCGGCGAUGCUGCGGGCGAGGCUCCACAAGGAGAUCCAGGCCGCCGCCCUCCCCGGCGGCGGCGCCGGCGCCGGCGACAUCAGCGGCAGGGAGCCCGAGAGGGACACGUCGCCAUUCGCCUUCGUCUCCAGAGGCGGCGAGCUUCUCAAGCGCACAAGACAAGGCAUACUACACUGGAAAUUGGUCACCGUCUACAUGAACUCCAACCUGCAGGUGAUCAUCAAGAUGAGGAGCGCGCAUAUGGCCGGCACCUUCAUCAAGACCAAGAAAUUUGUUGUGCUUGACAUCUGCUCGGAGAUCCCGGCGUGGGCGGGGAGGGAGGUGGAGGAGGGGAGCCACAGGAGGGGAUACUUCGGGAUCAAGACGGUGGAGAGGAUGAUCGAGUUCGAGUGCAGGAGCAAAUACGAGCAGCACAAGUGGGUUCAAGGGAUCACCGAGAUGCUCAACCGCCGUCACACCAUGAAAAAUUAGUUAAAAUGUUUCCAAUGUAAAUGUCAAAGGAAACAAUCGGUAGUAGUAACAUUUUGUGUGGUUUGUGUGAGGAUUGGGAGUGAAGAUUUCCAUGUUCUCUGUUAUAACUGACAUUGUUGUUAUUACUGCAAAUCCAUCAUCAAGAAAAAAAAAUGUUCCCAGGAUCUUCGAUAAGCAUAAGAA